ACUCACUUCCUAGCUAUGGCUUUACUCCCCGUGGUGCUGUUCCUGACCGCUGUGCUGCUUCCAUCUUUCCCCACCGAAGGAAAGGAUCCAUCCUUUACUGCUCUGAUAACCACUCAAGCUGAAGUCCAAAGAGAAAUUGUAAAUAAACACAAUGAACUAAGGAAAUCAGUCUCUCCACCUGCCAGCAACAUGCUAAAGAUGGAAUGGAGCAGAGAAGUGACAGCAAAUGCCCAGAAGUGGGCAAACAAGUGCUCUUUGGAACACAGCAAUCCAGAUGAACGAAAGAUCAGCACAAAAUGUGGUGAGAAUCUAUACAUGUCGAGUGACCCUACCGCCUGGUCAGAUGCAAUCCAAAGCUGGUUUGACGAGCGCCAUGAUUUUGUCUAUGGUGCGGGACCAAAGAGCGCCAGCGCAGUUGUUGGACAUUACACUCAGCUUGUCUGGUAUUCAUCUUUCCGUGUUGGAUGUGGAAUUGCCUACUGUCCCAAUCAAGAGAGUCUAAAAUACUACUAUGUUUGUCAAUACUGUCCUGCUGGUAAUAACGUGAGUAAAAAGAACACCCCUUACCAACAAGGAACGCCUUGUAGCAGUUGCCCUGGUAACUGUGACAAUGGAUUAUGCACCAAUACUUGCGAGUAUGAAGAUCUCCUCAGUAACUGUGAUUCCUUGAAGAAAACAGCUGGCUGUGAACACGAAUUGCUCAAGGAAAAGUGCAAGGCUACUUGCCUGUGUGAAGGCAAAAUUCACUGAAAUGCCCGAUUUGCGUCGUGUAGGACUACAUGGAGAAAAGCUGCAUCAUUCAGUUGACACAUAACCAGGAGGGCGACU